UAGACUAUCGGGAAUGACCCAAUACCUGCACAGUACCUUCCGGCACAGCGUUUACAGUAUUUUUUCGUUCCUUCUGUUCUUCCCACCUUCGCUUUGCGUGUGCAACGAACAAACGAACAAACGAACGAACGAACCAGCAAGCAAACGAACAAGCAAACGAACAAAGAAAGAACAGCAUCAUGGCAGACUCCAUCGGCCCGGACAUGGACGCCAUACUCGACGACGCCCUCGACGAGCUGGAGGAGGAGGACGGCGGAAGCGCCGCAUCCCAAGGCGGGAACGCCGGGAUCCACCACCGCGAAAGGACCGACCAGGGGCGCCCGGGUGCCGGCCCCCUUCCGCUUUCCCACCCGGGGCACAAGCACCGCGUCCCCUUUGGCCCCGACCGGCCCCCGCCGGCCGCACCCCCUGCUAGCGGCCGCUGCGACCGCGAACGCAAGAGCCACCCCCCCCUGCACGCCCCGGACGCUGGCCGCCUUCCGGCCGCACCCCUUGAUGCCUCGGCCGGUGGUGCCCUCGGCGGGGACGACGACGACGACGACGAACGGCUCCUGCGGGGGCUCUUCGAGGGCCUGGUGGCCGCGGCCGGCGGGGAAGCCCCCGGGGAAGGGGGCCUCCCGGGGGGGCCGGGGGCAAGCGCGGGCACGGACAAGGGCGGGGAGGGGGGAUUCUCCCCCGACGACCUGGUCGACGGCCUGCUGAAGGAGCUCCUGUCCAGGGACCUCAUGUACGAGCCGAUGAAAGAGGUCGCGGACCGGUUUCCCUCCUGGCUCGAGCGCCACAAGGACGACAAAGACCUCCCCUUCGGCGAGUGGGACCGGCGGAACCAACAGUACGAGUGCUUUCGGAACCUGGUCGGGGCAUACGAGGAGCAGGCCGGCAACGACAGCGACGCCAAAAACGACCACAACAACAACGACGAAAGCGACAACACCAGGAUCCUGGAGCUCCUGCAGCAGAUCCAGGAGCACGGGCCGCCGCCGGCCGAAAUCCUACGCGCCAUUGCCCCGGGCCUAGAACCGGACGGGGAUGGCUUCCCGGACAUCGCCGGGGGGUUCCCUCCCUUUCCAGGGGGAAGCGGAAUCCCCGGGGAAGACGACUGUCGGGUCAUGUAACGGAGUUGUUUUGCGGUCUGGUGUGGUCCCGUGCCGUGCCGUGCCGUGCCGUGACAUCCGAUGCCAUUUUUAAUACAAUCCUAUUCAAUGCAAUCUAAAUCCAAGCCAAUACCAAGUUUGUAACGCAAUGGUGAUUUCUAGCUCGGGCCUUGUUGGUUCGUGUUGAUUCUACCGUGUAUGGAACAAACGAUUUUUGGGGAUUGCAAACAACCACAUUGUGUGCACACCCAUUCCUCUGCAAUACAGAAAUGCCCGUGUG